ACUGGCGAGUAUGGUCCUUAUCGGCAAACCCAACGACUAAGUAAUUACAAAAAAUAUAUUGAAAGGUUAUUAGUAGAAAAAAAAGCCUAUUAUUGCUUUUGUUCUCCGGAGCAAUUGGCUCAGGAAAAAGCACAAUUUAUCAAGGAAAAUAAACGAAGUAAUUAUCAAUAUUCUCGAAAAUGUUUGAAUUUAAAUGAACCAGAAAUCCAAUCUUUGCUCCAUCAACCAAUUCCUUACAUUAUUCGCUUAAAGGUUCCACGAGAAAGAAGUUAUUUUUUUCAAGACUUAGUGCGAUCAGAAGUAAAAUUUCAAGGCCAAGAUAUUGAGGAUUUUGUGCUGUUUCGGCAAAAUGGUAUUCCUAAUUACAAUUUUGCUUGUGUAAUUGAUGAUUAUUUAAUGAAAAUUAGUCAUGUUUUACGGGGCGAGGAGCAUUUAUCUAAUACUGGCAAGCAAUUAGUUUUAUACGAAGCCUUGGGGUGGAAACCCCCUCUUUUUGGACAUAUUUCAAUAAUACUCAACCAAGAGAGAAAAAAACUUUCCAAGCGGGAUAAAGAAACCAGUUGGCAUCCCGGAACCACCCAAGAAAUUUUUAAUUUGUCAGAAGCCAUCAAAGAGUUUAAACUGGAGGGGUUACAUGUUCGCGGAGCAGUUUAUGAAUUAGAAAAACUUAAUUGGUAUAAUAAUUACUAUAUCCAAAAGUUAGAAGGAAGCGAGUUUGCUGAAGGAAUUAUCAUUGGUAGUGAUUCACAAAAAGUAGAAAUUUAUUCAGAUAAAGUUAGAGAUGAGAAAAAAGGAAAAGGUGUUAUAGCAAAUAGAAUAGAUGAGGUCGAUUCUCGCUCAGAAUUACACCAACUUUUUCCAGAAGCUCAUUCAGCACUUUUCUCAAAGAAAAACGGCGAGAAAAUUGAGAGUUUGGAUCACAGUACUUAUAAACGUGUUAAAGAAGUAGAUGGCGAAUAUGAGUUAGUUCGUUACUUAGUAGCCAAAAACUUUCACCAUUUAAAGCAAAUAAUUCGAAUGGAAAUAGUGGAUGGACAAGACGGAAAUACAUAUCUUUAUGUGGGAGAGAAAGAUGCCAACAGUGGACGAGAAAUUAAAAUCGGAAUUGCCAAAGGCGAGUUUGAAUCAAAGAACGCUCCUAUCAAGGGUAGUGAAAGAAGUCAAUUAGAGAACAAUGAUCGCACCGCGAGAAACUUUGUCGACAAUAUUGAGAAGAUAUGGCUAAAAGAAUGGAGGAAAUGGCAAACUAUUGAAAUGAAAGAUGUCAGCAAAAGGAAUAUCAUGGAGUUAGAACAAAAUACAAACAUUAAAACUUGCUGCGAUAAAGACUGUCUGCAUUAUUUAUCAAUAAAAGAUUAUCCGGCUCCAACUUCCCCAACUUCGCCAAAAACUAUUAGAGGGGGGAAACCAGCAAGUAAGCAAACUAACCAAAUUAACUCAACCGAUAAAAACCAACUCCUCCAAUACUUCCUAACUUACCAUAUUACUAAAAUCACUCUAAAUAAUGGUCAACUAGUAGUUGAAUAUGAUAAUUCACAAAAAGGACAAAAAGAAGUUAAUAAAUCUGAACUAGAAAAGUAUAAAGAAUUAAUUCAAAAUCAACCCAAUCAUUCACUUUCUUUAAGUGAUUUACAAGAUAAUUCUGACUCCAACUCCACUACUAAAAACCCAGACCAUAAAUUAGUUAUUGGUUUAGUUCUCGGAACCGGAGCAGUUAUCUUAGGAGGAGAAGCUACUGCCCGGGUUUAUUUAAAAGCAGGCAAAGGACAAGCCCAAAUUAGAACCAAAAAUGGAAAAGAAAAAGACUUAAAAGGAUACUUUUAUAUGGAACCCUCGCUUUGUGAAGAUAUUUUUAAACCCCUCAAAUUAUUCAGCAAAGAAAAUGAAUAUGAUUUAUUGGUGCGAGUAAAAGGAAGUGGGUUUCAUGCCCAAGCUGAAGCCAUUAGAUUAGGAGUAGCACAAGCAAUGUUAAAAAUUUCCCCAGAAUAUAAAACUACUUUAAAAAGUUUUUCGCUCCUUACUCGGGAUGCUCGUCGUGUCGAACCUAAAAAAAUUGGUACAGAAAAUUUUCGAGUUAAAAUUGAAACUUAUUCUAUUCGAGAUGAGACUCAGAAAUUUAAUCUAGAGUUUAACGAAAUAGAGUUAGAAAGUAAAAAAUACGACAAAUUUCGUUCUACAAUUGAAAACAGUAUAGAAAAAGGUCAGACUCUAACCCUUAAAUUAAACCUUCCUAAUAAAACUUAUUUUCGAAAAACUUAUCUUAAUAACCAAGCAAUUAACACUUUGGUUAUUCCCAAAGGUAGUAGUUUACAAGAAACUUCAACUUCCCACACUCCAAAUAUUAUGGCAGGUCAUUCACAUUCAGCCAACAUUAAACACCGUAAAGAUAGGCAAGAUAGUGCUCGCAGUCAACUUUUUCUGAAAAUUCGGAAAAAAAUUGAAAAUAUUAUUCGUGAAGAGCACGAAGUUAACGAAAAAAGUUUAACUCCGCAUGGUAUUUUAAUUUAUUUGGAAAACAAUCAAGCAAUCACCCCUGUUUUAAUCAAAAAGUUAAAUUUAAGAGAACUACCACUUUCAUCUCUUCCUAACUAUUUUCAAUUAUCAUAUAGUUUAAACCUCAGUUUAAAAGAAAAAAACAAAAACAAUUUAGAGGAAUAUUUAAUUACUCACUUACCAAGCGAAUUUUUAGAAAAAAUGACUUAUGAUGAAGAGGAAAAAAAGUUAAUUUCCACUAAUAAAGAAGAAAUAUCACAAAUCAAAAAAAUUAUCAAAGAAAAUAAUUUAGAAUUAGUGAUGGAACAAGAAAAAGCG